AGGACAUUGAAUGAAGAUAAUGGCCAUUGAUCACUUAUGCUUGAGAAAUGUUUUCCCGGGGCAUAAGUCAAGCUCACUGGGACCUAACCUCAUGUGAUGCCCUUUAAGUUUUGGUGUCGGCGGACCCUUCCCCCUGGCGAUCAUCAUCAUUAUAUAUAUGACAACGCUUUUCUGACUCAAAUCACUCAAAACUAGUUUCACAAGAGAGAAGGGAACCGCAAACUCAAUGAGGGGUGUUUCCCAUCUCCUGUUCUUAUUGGUUAGCAUCUUCUUUGUUGUCAGCUUUUGCCGUGCUGAUGACAAAACGGUCCAGGUUGUUGGGGCUGGAGAAUGCGCAGAUUGCAAGGACUUUAAGAUCAAGACUAGCCAGGCCUUCUCAGGGCUACGUGUGACUGUUGAUUGCAAGCUCAAAAAUGGAGAGGUGACAAGAAGGGGUUCUGGAGAGCUUGAUUCAGAAGGGAAGUUCAGGGUAUCCGUUCCCAGAGAAAUUCUGAAAGAUGGGAAACUAGAUGAGGAGUGCUUUGCACAACUCCAUAGUGCAUCAGCAACCCCAUGCCCAGCGCACAAUGGCCUUGAAGCCAACAAAAUUGUAGCCAAGCCAGAUACUGAUGGAAAACUGACUUUUGGUCCAGCUGAAAGUGUCAAGUUCACCUCAGCACUGUGUGCUUCAGCUUUCUUGUGGCCAUUCUUCAAGAAUCCACCUUUGCCCACGGGCCAUCCCUGGUUUACACACCCUCCUUUGCCUAAGUUGCCUUUCCCCCCAAUCUACAAGAAACCACUCCCACCAAUCCCUAUUUACAAGAAGCCACUUCCACCACCAAUCCCAAUCUACAAAAAACCACUUCCUCCGCCUGUUCCCAUAAUCAAGCCUCCUCCAAUCAUAAAACCUCUUCCACCCCCCGUGCCAAUCUACAAGCCUCCGGUGUACAAGAAGCCACUUCCACCGCCAGUGCCAAUCUACAAGCCUCCAGUAGUCAAAAAGCCAUGUCCACCGCCCGUGCCAAUCUACAAGCCUCCUGUGUACCAGAAGCCACUCCCACCGCCAGUGCCAAUCUACAAGCCUCCUGUGUACCAGAAGCCACUCCCACCGCCGGUGCCAAUCUACAAGCCUCCUGUGUACCAGAAGCCACUCCCACCGCCGGUGCCAAUCUACAAGCCUCCGGUGCCAAUCUACAAGCCUCCCGUGUACCAGAAGCCACUCCCACCGCCGGUGCCAAUCUACAAGCCUCCCGUGUACCAGAAGCCACUUCCACCGCCGGUGCCAAUCUACAAGCCUCCGGUGUACCAGAAGCCACUCCCACCGGCGGUGCCAAUCUACAAGCCUCCCGUGUACCAGAAGCCACUUCCACCUUUCCCAUUUUUCCCAAAACCACCAUUCCCCUUCAAGAAACCCUUUCCACCAGUUCCUAAGCUUCCUCCUCUUCCAAAGUUCCCUCCGAAGGUCUUCCCCCCUCACCCUAUAGUUGGACUUUUGCCUCCUCUGUCACCUCAUUUGUCUACUCCUUAGGAUUUCUAUAUAUUUGCCCCUGAAUAUUCUAUAUAGGAUGUUUUGGGAAAUUUCCGGUUCUACAAUAAUAAAAUCCUUAAACCAAAACAGAUACGUGAAGAAAAAGAAUGUACUUUGGAGAAAAAAGGGGCAAGAAAAAAGAAGAGACAAAUAGAGAGAAAGUCGAAUAUUGUAUUAAUUUUAGUUGCAUGAAGUUGACCUGUGUGUGAGAUUGUCAAGUUAUCAGUCGGACGUUGGUGAUUUGUAAAGCUUGUAAAUUUUCGAGUGCACUGCAUAAAUACCCAGAAAUAAUGUCCUCCAUUUGUUCUUGUGUUUACAGUUCACCAUCAAUGAAAGUUUACCUAUUGCUCCCUCGCAGUAUCA